AUGACUCGUCUGGUGGAUUCACAUCAGGCGAUGACAGCUGCUGCCUUGGUUCCUGCUGAGGUCUGUGACGGCGGCAACGCCCCUGGAGAUUUCAAGCCGGCUACCCCUGGACAGACCCGGAGCCACUCCAAAUCCAAGCAGAUACUUCACCUUUUCAGCGGCCCGUCUGGCAGGCGGGAUGGCCUACUCUGUUACGCUAAGGCGGCUGGAGCUGAUGGCGAGGAUUGGGACAUCGAGAACGGCAGGGAGUACGACCUCCUUGACGACAUCAUUUACAACACGCUGCUGGACAGGAUCAAGGCUGGCGAGUUGGACGCAGGAAUGCUUGGACCCCCCUGCGGCACCUUUUCGAAUGCACGGCGGGAGGACGACUUCGGGCCGAGGCCACUGCGCUUGCCGGGUCCGCAGGGCAUCUACGGCAGAAACGACCUCACCGUUGACGAGUCCAAGUCUGUUAGGAGGGCACGCUUUUGGCACUGCGAGUGCACGGUCGAUGCAGAUGGCUGCAUCCUCAGUCCAAACUACGGGGGAUCGAAUCAGUACAGCAACAACCAAGAGUGCGAGUUUGAUGUAAUGGCUGCGUACGCGAUGGAAGUGGAAGAUUUCCAGGUGGAGGACGGCGACUGUGACUAUCUGAAGGUGAAUGGAAAGAAAUAUAGCGGAACCUCAUCGCCCCAUGGAGAAGUGCCGGCGAAUAAGAUUGCUUGGUACUCCGACUUCUCCGUGACCCACUUUGGAUGGAAAAUUUGCCCAAAGCCAGCGUAG